GCUGACCUCCCAGCGCAUGUAUUUGCUGCCAUCAGUGAAGAGGCUGCUGCUGGGAAAAAAAAAAAGGGGGGGGUGGAUAUUAAUGCGCACCUUCACCCUCCUCCAGUCAUUAGGUGUGGGUGCCCCCCCUCUCCGGAGGGGUGGGGGGGUGUGUCCCGGCAUACACCACCUUUUCUCCUUUUCUCCAUCAACACCAAACCCCCCCCCCGCAUCGUUUCCCCCCACCCAACACACACACACACCCCCCCCAAAAAAUAAAAAAAAAAGCGCCCCAAAACGCUGUCGUUUGGCUGGCGGGCUGGCUGAGCGUGGCGGAGGGAUGUGUACAUAUCGCGUGUGAGGGGAGAGAGGAGGGAAAAAAAAAAAAAGAAGAAAAAAAAAAAAAAAAAGCCACACCACCGGGAUUUUGAGGAAUUUGCCUGUGGUGUUAAAGGGAAGGAGCAGAGUUACAGAGAAAUUGAGAGAGAGAGCUCUACCUACCGACAGAUUACAAGAGAAGUCAAGAGCACCGAGAACCAACCGUACAGACACACAGAGGCACCAUGAAACGCCUUUGAGAUCGCAUUAAAAAAAAAAAAAAAAAAAAAAGCCACUAAAAAGCAGGACUUGAGACAGUCCAGGGACAAUCUCGCACUAAUCUAGAAUUAAAGCCGUCUUUUUUUUUUUUUUUUGCCUUUUUUUCCUUUUUUUCUCUUUUUUUUUUUUUUUUUUUUUUUUUUUUUUUGCAUGCGAGGGUCAUGAGUUCCUACUUUGUAAAUCCUCUCUUUUCCAAGUACAAAGGCGGUGAAUCGCUGGAGCCAACUUACUACGACUGCAGAUUUCCACAAAGUGUUAGCAGGAGCCAUGCUCUCGUGUAUGGUCCGGGCACUACUGCUCCCACCUUCCAGCACCCUUCACACCACGUCCAAGAGUUUUUCCACCACGGAACCUCCAGCAUCUCCAACUCUGGAUACCAGCAAAACCCAUGCGCCUUGGCGUGUCACGGAGACGCUUCUAAAUUCUAUGGAUAUGAAGCUCUACCGAGGCAAUCGCUUUAUGGUGCUCAGCAAGAGACGACUGUUGUACAAUAUCCUGACUGUAAAUCGUCUUCCAACAGUAACUCUAGCGAGGGACAAGGGCAUUUAAAUCAAAAUUCGUCUCCCAGUCUCAUGUUCCCAUGGAUGAGACCUCACGCUCCCGGAAGACGCAGUGGCAGACAAACUUACAGCCGGUACCAGACCCUGGAGUUAGAAAAGGAGUUCCUCUUCAACCCGUAUUUGACACGGAAGCGGCGGAUUGAGGUCUCUCACGCCCUGGGACUGACCGAGAGACAAGUGAAGAUCUGGUUCCAGAACAGGAGGAUGAAGUGGAAAAAAGAAAACAAUAAAGAUAAGCUGCCGGGGGCCAGGGACGAGGAGAAAACGGAAGAAGAAGGGAAUGAAGAAGAGGAAAAAGAAGAGGAGGAAAAAGAAGAAAGCAAGGACUGAGUUCUCAGCCCCUUGAAGUCUCGUUUUAUGGCAGAUGAUAAAUCGAGAUGUUUACGACGGUCAUUUGCUUUUAUAGAGUAUAGAAUGGAGAGGCUCACACAGCAGUAACUACCUGUCAAACAGUUGUAGCCUUUUUUAUUGUCAUAGAAACUUCCCCUACUUCCCCCCCCCCCCCCCCAUUUUUUUUAAUAGCUGCAUUUUUAGUUCAAUAAAUACAUAGUUGGCUUGACUGCAAGAGCAGGGAGGGGAAGGGGGGGAACGCAAAAAUUAAAUGAUCCAGCAAAGCAAACCCACCCCCAACCCCCAGCAGUCCCAAGCCAAGCCUGGAAGCGAAUGUCACUGCUCGUCCCCUGCUCCCGCCUGCGAAGCUGCGCACACGGAUGGGUGCAGGAUUAUGUAUUUGUUUGAACAGCUUUGACUUUGCCUUUCUUUUUUUUUUUUUUUUUCAAUUAUUAUUUAAAAACAAACAAACAAAAAAGCAGCAGCAGCUUGGUUUUGCCUCUCCCGCCUGACCCCAGGGGAAGUGCGAGGGUGCUUCCAGCUCCCUUAGCCUGUUUGUGUAGUGUCUGUCUAUCUGUGGAGAUCUCCAUUCCUACCAGCCAUUUAUCAAUUCCCUCGGAGGGGCCGUUCCUGCAGCCCCUGCCAGAUAAGAAGAGGAGCUUGGAGGGUGAGCAUACCUGGUAGCGCCCGCAAACACCCCCCCCCGCCACCCCCCCACCCCCAUUUCUAUAGGAUUGAGGCUUGUAUAUACCUUGAUAGGCCAAAAUACGCAACCCAACCCUUCCUUGUUUCUAUAGGCGCUGUUUACCCUUUGCCUGUGUGAGCACUCGAAAUUCUUCACGUACUACCUAAAGGGAAAACCUGCAAUAAUUAUCAAAUCUAUUAUCAACAAGGGGCUUACAGAACCGAAAUUUUACUUGGUCAGAAUUUAUUUAAGAGAGAGAAAGCUGUGUUUUUGCCCUGAUGCAAGCUACUAAGUAGCAUAAAAUGAUAAUAAAAAAUACAAUAAAAAAACCCAACCAACCUUGUAUUGUACUUUAUCACUACCUAUAGAAGGAGUCAUGCUUUGAAAGUAUUUGUAAUGCGGUUUUAUUGUCGUUUGUUGCUGCUUAUUUUCUUGGAAAAAAAAAAUAAUAAAAAAAAAAAUUCCCAACAACUGAAACUGCCUAGUUGAGAACGCACAGUAUUGUAUUAUUUUAUUGUGCUUAUAAAGUAGUGUAGAACUAAAUUGCACUGAAUGUAUAGUUAUCUAUUUGUCUUGACUUAUCUGUUAAUGCAACAUGCUCGAAACAAGAAAAAAAAAAAAGAAGAAAAAAUCGUCAUUUGUUUUAUGUAAAAGCAUAGUUCUGCGUGUUCAAACUCUGAAUGUAGCAAUUACCGCCAGAAAAAAGAAAAAGAAAAAAAAAAAAACACAUUUCUGGACACCGUGGAUUUGUAUUGUAUACGUGAGACAUUACGUAAAUAAUAAUAAUAAUAAUUAAUAAUAAUAAUAAUAAAAGAUUUUAAAA